UGGAUUUGACGGAGUAUCUACGGAGUCACAAUGCUGCGAAGCAUGUCUGUUUAAAGCAGCGAUAAUAAUAACAUAAAUCUAUCUGUUUAUUUAGAUAUUAAUUUAAUGAUGUCGGAGUCCAGCCCUGAACUGAACGAUUACCUGGAGGGGAAGAUCUCCUUCGAGGAGUUUGAGAGACGGAGAGAAGAAAGAAAAGCGAAGAUAAAGGAGGAAGCAGAUGAUGGCUCGGAUGAGAAUGAGGCUGUUGAGCAGGAUGAUGCCAUUCCGAGCACUUCCAAACAGAUCCCCAGAGUAGCUUGGAAACAUCAGACAGGCAGCACAGAGGAGGGAGUAAGCCUGUCUGUUCAAAAGGCCUUUGCCUCCAUGCUUGGGGAGGGUCUGGAGGAGAUGGAGGAUGAAGGCAUGGACGAGGGUGAGGACGACGGGGAGUGGAGAGAUAUUGGUGAGGACGAUGGUGAGGACUAUGAUGGUGGCGACUGCGGCAGUGAAGUCACGCCGGGGGAUGUGUUUGCCCUGGAGAUGGAGCUCAACCGGGAGAACAAGAAGAUGAUGAGGGAAAGACGUCCCCGUAGUAAGCUUCCUCGCGCCCUCAGAGGGUUAAUGGGAGAGGCCAACAUCCGCUACGCCCGAGGAGACAAAGAAGAUGCCAUCCUGAUGUGCAUGGAGAUCAUUCGUCAGGCUCCCCUGGCGUACGAGCCCUUCUCCACCCUGGCGAUGAUCUACGAGGAUCAGGGUGACAUGGAGAAGGCACUGCAGUUUGGGCUGAUCGCAGCACAUCUGAACCCCAGCGACUGCGAGGAGUGGGUCAAGCUGGCUGACAUGUCCCUGGAGCAGGACAACAUCAAGCAGGCCAUCAUCUGCUACACUAAAGCAAUUAAAUAUAACCAAAGUAAUGUGCGCUAUCUGUGGGAGCGCUCCAGUCUCUACGAGCAGGUGGGAGAACACAAGCAGGCCAUGGACGGCUACCGCAGAAUCCUCAGCCUGCUGCCCCCUACUGAUGGAGAGCACUUCAUGCAGCUGUCUCGUGACAUGGCCAAGAGUUACUAUGAGAGCAACGAGUUGGCUUCGGCUAUUGGUGUGAUGGAGGAGGCUCUGGAACGACACCCCGAGCUGGUUAGCCACGAGUGUGUUAACAUGGCAGCUGAACUCUACAUCGCCAACCACCAGUACGUCAAAGCCUUAGAGGACUUGAUCAGGUUUUGUAACAUCACACUGGUGAGAGAACCAACCAAGCAGGAGCCCAAGGAACAGACGGCCAUGGGAACUGAGGGUGAGGAAGAACAAAAGGAGGAGAAGAAAGAGGACACAGAAGAAACAAGAGGAGAGGUUUUGGAGGUUGUGGUUCCUGAAGAUGUUCCAGUAGACAUCAGGGUGAAGCUUAUGGUCUGCCUGAUCCACCAGCAUGUCCUCAAGCCUCUAGAUCCCAUGCUGACAUCUCUGAUGGAGCAAAGCCCGGAGGAGAUGGGUGACCUGUACCUGGACGUAGCGGAGGCCUUCAUGGAUGAGGGCGAAUACAACUCGGCCCUGCCCCUGCUGUCUGCCCUGGUCUGCUCGGAGAGAUACAACCUGGCUGUGGUGUGGCUUCGUCACGCAGAGUGUCUGAAGGCCCUGGGGCAUUUAGAGGUGGCUGUGAACAGCUACAGUAAGGUGGUGGAGAUGGCCCCGCUGCAUCUGGAGGCACGUCUGGCUCUGUCCACCCUGCAGCAGCAGCUGGGCAGACCCAACUGCGCCCUGCAGGCGUUGGAGCCCAUGUACGAUGCCGACACUCUGGCCCAGGACCCCUCAGCUGCGCAGCAGGAGCUGAAGUUGCUGCUGCACCGCUCCACUCUGCUCCGAUGUCAGGGCAGAACAGUGGACUACAUAGACGCUCUGCUCACCAUGCUCUCCAUGCUGCUUAAGGUGGCGAUGGUGAGAGCUCAGGUGUGUCUGAUAGCCAGCACCUCGUCCGGCACCAGACACCUGCGUCUGAUCAAAGUGUCCCGCAACAAGCUGUCUGAAAUUGAGGACCAGGAGGCAGCUUACUUAGACGUUACAGGUAAGACCAGCGUACUGUCUCGGGAGGACUGGUGGAGGCUGCUGCUGGAGUGUCUGGAAGCACUGUGUGAAGAGAAGCGCUUCACAGAGGCCGAGCUUCUGGUCGACUCCUCGCUGGAAUUCUACUCCUUCUAUGACGACCGGGUCAAGCGAAAGGAGCUGGAGUAUCUGGGCUUGUCUGCCGCAUUCCUGGAUCGCAACUUCCGCAAAGCAUAUGACUACAUAAGGUUGAUGCUGAUGAACAGCGUGGAGCGGGAUCAAUUGUGGAACGUCUUCAAUCAGGUGACACUGCAGUCGCAGGAUGUCAGGCACCACCGCUUCUGCUUGCGUCUCAUGCUGAAAAAUCCUGAGAAUCAUGCGCUCUGCCUCCUCAACGGACACACCUCACUGGUGUCUGGAACGUUCAAGCACGCCCUUGGUCAGUAUAUGCAGGCCUUCAAGAAUCAGCCAUGUAACCCUCUGCACAGCCUGUGCGUGGGCCUCACCUUCUUCCACAUGGCCUCACAGAAGUUCGUUGUAAAAAGACAUCCACUAGUACUGCAGGGAUUCUCGUUCUUGUGGCGCUAUGUGGACCUCCGAGGGCACUGUCAAGAGAGCUUGUACAAUGUGGGUCGGGCUCUGCACCAGCUGGGCCUAACUCACCUGGCCAUUCACUACUACCAGAAAGCCCUCAGCUUCCCUCCACUCAAACUUGAGGGAACUGAUGAAGAUCAAGUGGACUUGCGCAGAGAGAUCGCCUACAACCUUUCACUCAUAUGCCAUGCUAGCGGCAACAAGGAGAUGGCUCGCUACUAUAUUUACACAUACUGCACUGUCUGAAGUGUGUGUGUGUGUGUGUUUGUGUGUGUGUAUGUGUCUUUUGAAAGGGGUGUUCACGAGAAAAUGUGUUUCCAUAACUGAUUAGACACAAAGCAAUGUAAUAUAUCUGUAAUAUACAUAUGUAUAAAAUGUCAUUUCUACUGAUGUUUUUCAAUAAAGCAAUAAAGCUAUUUAUUAUUGUUAA